AUGGCCCGCGAGAACAUCGAGCGCGAUCCUGCGACCGCCGAAGAGGAGGACGACGAUGAUGAGGAUGAGGAGGAUGAAGACAGUGGUGGCAGAAGUGGUGGCGAGUUCAGCGAGGAUGUGGCUGGCCAGGGCUUGUCGCCGGGGCGGGCUGGUGUGGCGGCGGCCAUGCUUGCCGCGGUGCGUGAGGUGCACGGUUUUCGGCGCCUGGCUAAGGCGGCGGUCUGGUUCCCUGAUCGUAGUCUUACUACAGCGCGCGGUCAACACGAGUACGAUUUUCUCAAGAAGAUCGGGCGGAAGGUCAUGGCGGUCGACCGUGACGCGCCUGGCGAGGUCCUCAAGCUGAUCGUGGAGCUCCAGGAGGACAUCGAGCGCCGUGCCCACAUUGUCGUUGUGGGCGAGGAGGAGGGCUGGGAGACGGCAGGCUGCCUCGAAGAGGACGAGGGCAGCUUCAUCGCCGGGCGGCAGGACAAGCUCGCCGAGGCUCGGAAGAAGGCCGAGAGCCGCAAGAAGGUCCGUAAGGUGGCCCCGGCGGACUCGCUUUUUCGGUCAGGCCGGGCGGGGCGCAGUCGCGGGGGUACGAGAUAUCCCGCACCUGCCAGGGACGACCGUGGCGUGCCCGCGACCGGGGACCCCCCUGCUUCAACGGCGGAGCCGCGGAGCCAGCGACCGGCGGGGAGGAGCGUCACCUGUUACCCACUACGCCAAGGAGUGUCCCAAGAAAUGGGAUCGGCCGGCUGCGUGAGCCUGCCCCCAUUGAGCGAGCCGGUGGACGGGUGUUGGGGAAGCGUCUGCGUGGAGGAGACGGCAGUGGUGGAGGAGCAGGAGGACAAUCUGGGCGACCUGCCGGCGCUGAUCGAGGAUGAAAGCGACAGCGAGGAGGAGGGGGAGGACGAGUGGUGGCCGGAGAGCGAGUCGGUGGAGGUGGAUGGUGAGGAGGGGCUGCUGCAGGGGGAGGGGCCAGUGCCGCUCUCGACGCGGCGCCGGCGGGAGCCCGGGUGGGACGAGCACUACGAGAGCGACGGACUGGGCGAGACCAGUCCACGCCACCUGGGCACCCCUGGGGCGGGCGUGGUGCCAGUGACGGAUCCGGCAGAGCUGUCGGUGGUCGGCCGCCUGCAAGCUCGGGCAGCGGCGUGGGCCCAGAUCGGGGCAUCCGACCAGGUCCGUUCGUGGAUUGCCCACGGCGUGGCGUUCGAGUUGCGGGCCGAGGUCUCGGAGGACCGGCGCAUCUUCCCGGCGACCCCAGCGCAGCAGACCUGGCUGCUCGCCGAGGUGGAACGCCUGGUCGCCACAGGAGCGGCGGAGCUCAUGGGCAUCGGCCCGUCCAAACCUGCCGGCAUUCGCUACGUGUCGCCGGUGUUCUGCGUGCCGAAGAAGGGACCGAAAAAAUGGCGGCUGGUCAUCGACAUGCGCCGCAUCAACUUGGGGAUAGCCGAGCGGAGGGUGCGGUUCGAAGGGCUGUCGUCGGUGGCCCGAGUGGCCGGGAGGGGGUGGUGGAUGAUCACUUUCGAUCUAGCGCAAGGCUACCACCACCUCCUGGUGGAGGAAGAGUCGUGCCAGCUGCUGGGCUUCCGGGUGGGCGACCGCUGGUUCCGCUACCGCGUCCUCCCCUUCGGCCUACGAAUCUCGCCGUGGGUGUUCACGAAAGUGGUGCGCGCCAUGGUGCGGGACUGGCGGCGUCAGGGCAUCGUCGUGACGUCCUACCUGGACGAUUUCGUCGUGAUGGCGCCGGACUGCGAGGCCCUGCGGCGGAUCCGCGACACGGUCAUUACCCCGACACUGGACCAGCUCAGGUGGCUGCGCGAGCCCACCAAGGGCGAGUGGGAGCCGACCCAGUGUGCGGAGGUGCUGGCGCUCGUCGUGGUCCGGUGGUCGCACACGUUGCGCAGGCACAGGCCAUUGAGCGCCUCGACCUUUGUCAGCCUCCAGGCGCGUGGCGCGUUCGCAGCAGACAAACUGGCGUGGCCAAUCCACCACAAGGAGAUGAAACCAGUCGAGCUAGCCGUCGAUACGCUGGGGCACUACGUUGCCGGCCGGUGGGUCGAAUUCGAAAGCGACAACGUCAUGGUGGUCGCGUACCUGCGCGAUGGUGGUGGCCCCGAUCCGUGGAUGACCGACGUCGUGCGGCGCGUGUGGCUGAGGGCGGCGGCCGAGGGUUGUGGAGUCUACAACGCGCGGUGGAUUCGUGGGAGCACGGACAACAGGGAGGCCGAUUGGCUGUCGCGCUACUCCGACACCGACGAUUGGGAGCUCUCCUGGGACACUGUCGCCGAGCUGGAGCAGCAGUUCGGGGGCUGGGACUCGACCGCUUCACCAACAACCUGA